AUGCAUAACGAUAACAUAAGAAAUUCAAAUAGUAUUGACAAUGAACAAAUACUUGAAGAGCAAAAUAGAAAGAUGAAAAAAUCUGAAAGCUAUGAUUCAGACAGUAAUAAAUCAAAAAAAAGUUCCUUAUCAGAAUCUUCAAGUGCAGGAGAAAUAAAAAAGAAUUUGAAAAAAAAAAAAGAAUCUUAUAAUAAUCGAAAUCGUUUAUACGAUAAAAGAAAAUUAUCUCGUGAGAGAACAAAUCAAAUUGAUACUAAAAAAAAAAGUCGUAAUGAUACUAGAAAAUCAAGUAUGAACAGAAAUUUAGAUUAUAGGGAAAAAAAAAGGGAUAUAAGUAUAGAAUAUGGUAAAAAAUAUACUAAUAGUAAAUUAAAGAAACAUAUUAAAGAUAGUUCAUAUAGUGAUGAAAAUUCCGACAGUCAAAGUAUAGAAAAGCGGUAUAGUAAUAACAGCAUCGAUAGUGAAUAUAAAAAACGUCAUGUUAAGCGUAAACACUCCCAUAUUGGCGAAAGAGAAAAAGAUAAUAAUUCGGAUUAUGAAUAUUGGAAUAAUAGGAGGUUUAAAAAUAAAAAAGAAAAACUUGAUGGGCAACAAAUAAACAUAAGAGAUAUACAUGAAAGGGAAAUAAAGGGAAAAUUUGAUUAUAAAUAUAAACGAUUUGAAAAAGAAAAUCGUAGUAAAAAUAAUUAUAAAGAUAGUUGUUCAAAAAAUAGAUAUAAUGAUUUUUAUGAUGGUAAUAAAAAGCAUGACAAAGACAAUAAAAAUAAAUAUAGGAAAUAUGAUGAUAAUGUAUCAGAGCAUGAUAAAAGAAAAACUAGCCGAUAUGAUAAUAGUAGCGAUGAAUAUUUUAGAAAAGAAAAAAAAAAAAGUUUCAAAGACAGCAAUGAAAGAAACGGGGAUAAGGAUGAUAAAUACCAAAACAAUUAUACCAAUGAUGAAUACAACAAAAUCGAAUAUUAUGAAAACAAUAAUAAUAAUUCAAAAAAUGAUAAAGAAAUGGAAAAACCAAAUGAAAAAAAAAAUAUAACUUCUGAUAAUAAUGUUCGAGAAGGGCAAAAUUUCAACCCAUCAGGUUUAUUAGCACAAAACAAGGAUUAUAAAAAUGGUGUGGAAUUGAAAUAUACAGAAAGCAUAGAUUCUGAAUUUCCAGACAAAAAAUGGAGAUUAUAUGUAUUUUUAAAUACCUCCACGGACGAGCCUCAUGAAAUAUUGCGUAUUCAUGAGAAGCCCUACUAUUUAAUUGGGAAAGACGAAUUAGUGGCAGAUAUAAUAUUAAGGAAUAUAAGUAUAUCAAAGCAGCAUGCUGUUAUUCAAUUUAAGAAACAUGAAAAUAAAAUUUUGCCUUUCCUUAUUGAUCUCAAUAGCACAAAUGGAUCAUAUUUGAAUAACGAGAAAAUUGAUCCAAAUAAAUUUUACGAAUUAAGAGAAACAGAUCUCUUGAGAUUUGGAAGUUCAGGAAGGGAAUAUGUUUUACUUUAUGAUUCGUAUGAAGCGCCUACAAAUGAAUAA